AUGCCGGAAGAGGUGAUAUUCGGCGCCGCCGCUCUCGGUUUUCUAUCCUCCUCCGUCUCAUCCGAGCCUGCUGAGCCUGCUGAGGCUGGUCCCCAGUGCUUUGCCCGCAAAGUCUCUCUCGGUUGGUUUUCGCCUCGUACAAACGUGUAUGGGCGCUGCCUCAUUGGUGUACAGGACACUGUCGUCGUCAUAGACCUGGACUGGACGAAACCACAGUCAAUGGCAUCCGAGACAGGCGAGAGGGGUGAGGUAGAUGAGCUGCAUGAGCGACUGCCAUCACACUUGCAGCACUAUAUUGAGCCGUCACCCGCCAAUGUUGGUACGACCACGUAUGCUGGUGUCGGGACUCUGUUGCCACUUGGCUUGGGUUCUUCAACGCGUUCGUCCUCUCCCAACCUCACGCGUUUGAAGCACACGGACGAUAUCGCAGCUCGGGAAUUCCUAUCGUUGUGGUUUGCGCCAAGACCAAUCUCAGGGAUAAUCCUGCCGAGGAUGUGGGAGUGA